AUGGAAGAGAUUUCAACCGCCAAGGAUGACAAAAUUGAAGAACAUGAUGGUGAACAUGAUGGUGAACAUGGCCUUGUCACCGACCUUGACGAAGCUGGUACUAGUGGCAGCCAAUUCGCCUUUUCGACUCUAAAGACACUUGUAGCAACACGUGACCAAAAAAUGUAAACAAAUGCCAAAAGUUCAGACAAGCUUAAUUGUUUGAACAUACAAUCAAUUGUAUGUUCGAACAAAAGCUUGUCUGGUUUUUUCGAUGAAUAUCAGCUGUAUCUCAUUAUAGACAUAACAGAAAUCAAGGGAGAAGAAAUAGAGAACGAAUUUAAUGAUGCACUGAUUGAAAGCGAAGGUAUGAAGUCGUUUCCAUGUUCGCAGUGCGAGAAUGUUUGCAAGUCAAAGGGAGGCCUUACCAGACAUACAAACGCGAAACACAACACGCUUGUAUCCGCUCAGAAUUCCCCCCUGAAUAUUUUUCUCAGAAAACAGUCGCUCAUAUGGUUGAGACAACAAAGAGCAAAAUUAUCAAAGAGAAAUUAUAUGGGACAGGAAUAAACGAGCUUGUAAAGAAUUUGUCUGGCACAAAAGCUUUGUACAAUGCUGUUUAUUCAAUUUUGGAAAAAUUUUGGCGAGAGAGUAACCAAGACCAACUGUCAUUCUUUGGUUUUAGAAGAAGAUACAACUUCCCAGAUGACCAGUAUUAGUGGAAUCAAUCCUGCUAGCAUGGUCCUUUAACUUAUGUUGCUGUAUAUGUAGUUGCAAAACUGUUUCAAACAAGUAAAAUGGCCAAAAAGCCUAAUGAGGAACUACAAUCUCUGCUGCAGAGCAUGAGAUCACUAGACCAGUCAAGCUACAUCUCAGCUUGCACCAGGGGUGGACUGGUGAAUCCAUCGAAAGAUUUAGUUGGAAUUUUGGAACAAGCUGAGUAUGAAUUCCAACAACAAGUGAGACAAGUGAGUGAGGAAAAAUCGACUUUGAGAAACAUCCCAAUUGAUUAA